CGUCACACGGUCUUCUUUCUUAUCGUCUACCAGAACCAGACCGCGGGAGACAGUCAUAGUAGGCCAUUCCCGAUACAGCAGUUGUUGAGAAUAGUUCCAUUCAAAUCCACAUCACAAAUCUAGUCAGCCAUGAGGGAAAUCGUGCAUCUGCAAGCCGGCCAGUGCGGGAACCAAGUCGGCGCCAAGUUUUGGGAAAUAAUAUCUGCAGAACACGGCAUAGACCCUGAUGGCGUUUACACAGGAGAUAGUGAACUGCAAUUAGAAAGGAUCAAUGUAUACUACAAUGAAGCAACAGUGGCCUCAUCCAGCCAAGGUGGAAAAUACGUCCCCAGAGCCAUCCUAGUGGAUCUGGAACCAGGUACCAUGGAUGCGGUACGUUCAGGACAGUACGGCAAACUUUUCCGACCAGACAAUUUCGUAUUCGGACAAUCUGGUGCCGGAAACAACUGGGCCAAAGGGCACUACACAGAGGGCGCCGAACUAGUCGAUGCUGUGCUGGACGUCGUCAGGAAGGAGGCGGAGAAUUGCGACUGCUUACAGGGCUUCCAGUUAACUCACUCGCUCGGAGGCGGUACCGGAUCCGGAAUGGGCACGCUCCUCAUCUCCAAAAUCAGAGAAGAGUUUCCAGACAGGAUAAUGAACACGUACUCGAUCAUGCCCAGUCCCAAAGUAUCAGACACAGUCGUAGAACCAUACAACGCCACCUUGUCCGUACACCAGCUUGUAGAAAACACCGACGAGACUUACUGUAUCGACAACGAAGCCCUGUACGACAUCUGCUUCAGAACAUUGAAAGUAACAAGCCCAAGUUACGGAGAUCUGAACCAUUUGGUUUCGCUCACGAUGUCCGGCGUCACCACCUGCCUCAGAUUCCCUGGUCAGUUGAACGCCGAUCUCAGAAAACUCGCUGUCAACAUGGUACCAUUCCCACGUCUCCACUUCUUCAUGCCCGGAUUCGCACCGCUUACAUCGCGAGGCAACCAACAGUACAGAGCCUUGACAGUACCGGAAUUGACCCAGCAGAUGUUUGACUCCAAGAAUAUGAUGGCUGCGUGCGAUCCUAGACACGGAAGGUAUCUGACAGUUGCCGCCAUAUUCAGAGGACGAAUGUCGAUGAAGGAAGUAGACGAGCAGAUGCUGGCUGUCCAGAACAAGAACAGCGGCUACUUCGUAGAGUGGAUCCCGAACAACGUGAAAACAGCCGUUUGUGACAUCCCACCAGUUGGCCUCAAGAUGUCUGCUACCUUUAUUGGAAACACCACCGCCAUUCAAGAGCUGUUCAAGCGCAUAUCAGAUCAGUUUGGGGCUAUGUUCAGAAGGAAAGCGUUCUUGCAUUGGUAUACUGGUGAAGGCAUGGACGAGAUGGAGUUCACAGAAGCAGAAUCCAACAUGAACGAUCUUGUGUCAGAAUAUCAGCAGUACCAAGAAGCAACUGCAGAUGAUGAUUAUGAAGCUGUAGAAGAAGGAGCUGCUGAAGAUAUCUUCGACUGCUAGUGUUUUAAAUUUAUUGUUUUUUCGAUCAUAAUGGCAAGAAACCAAGAAGUCUGCUGCUCACAAGGUCAAUAUGCUACCACUUUGAUUUUGUCAGGCAUAUUUUCCUAAAUACUUACUUUUUCCAAUUAGCUAUAUUUUCCGCGUUGCGAAAAACCAAAAAGGUGAUAAAAUCAAGACAAUAUGCACCAUAACAAAAAUCUAAUUUUGAUCUUAUUGGUUCAUAGAAUUCAUCACAAUCAAAUUUUGUGAAAAUUUCAAUGCUUCUAUGAACUGCUACUAGUAUAAUAAAAUUUACGAAAUAUUUUUUUUUAUAUUGUUUCAUGAACUAGUUAUAAGAAACUUUAGUAUUUCUCUUAUUUAAUUUAUGUAUUUUACUUACAGCAGAUUUGAAAUUGCCUUUUAUACCAAAAUUAUACUAUGCUGUUAUUCAGUUCACCAAAGAUACUUUUUGAUUAUACCAAAUAUAAUUAUCUGUAAGUUUGCUACUGUAACAUUAAUAUAAAUUUGUGAAUGUUAAAUGUUUGAGUUCCAUGUUUAAAUUAUGUUUCGUAACAUUUACAUACUUUUUUAAGGUUUUAGAUGUAUCUUUUCUACUGUUUCAUACAAAAAUAUUAGCAUUAAAUUAAAGACUGUUGAAGUAUA